AUGCAAGUUUUAAAAGAUACUACUGAUAUUAUUGGGAAAAUGGCUACGCCUGAAAUGACAACUAAGCUAGUUGAUCCUCCUGAUGAUGAUUUAAUCGAUGAACCUAAUGCUUCUCGUAUACCAAAACAAUAUCAUAUCGUUAAAACAUUCCCAAUUUUUCCAAAAGAUUAUGCAGAUCAAGGUUAUCGUUGUUACAAUAAAGACGGCCUUUGGAAUGUCGUAAUUUGGCCAUCAAAUAAUCCAGAUUCAAGAGAAGACGUUAUUCAUCUUUCCGAUGCUGUACGUUUAAUGCUGGAUGAAAUACAAGGUGAUAUGAGUACAUAUACAGAGCAAACAAAUACACAAGAUGUACAGAAAUCUAAAGCUGCUGCAGCCCAAUUAAUGCAAUUAUUCGAUAGACGCACAACAUUACUUAAAGUAGCACUCGACGAACUUACACGCCAAGUGUCAAAGCAUUGUGCAGAAAGAGGCACUCUUCUUGCUUUUUUAGUUGACAAUUUUUUGUCAGCAUUUAAAGAAAUUCCAAACCAAUACAACAAUGCGCUUCGCGUUAUGAAAAAAGAAAUCGAUCAGUUAAAAGUUUCUCUCGAUGCAAAGAAUAUGGAACUUGAAUCUCAAGGAAAGGAUUUAAACGAACGUAUACAACUCAUGGUUAUUGAAAGGAGAAUGGAAAAAGAGUGGCAUGCUCAACUUGAAGAGCAAAUUAAGCGCUGGAAAACUCAGAUUGAUAAUUACAAAUUAAAAGCUCAAGAACAAGUUAAAAUGGAACGUGAUAUGCUUGAACAGCAAAUAGAAAACAUGAGAUCAAUAGUUAGAGAUCUCAGACUUGAAAAUGACGGUCUAAAAACUCAAACUCAGUUCCAAAGAAACGAACUCUUAAAAUCAGAGAAAAGAUAUGCAGAUUUAGAACAACAAUUGCAGUCAAUGAACAAGAAGAACGAGAAAUUACAGAUGCAAAUCUCAAAACAACAAAAUGGAGGAACAAUUACAACAAGAUCAGAUCAUAAUGAUGGAAAUGAAGAAGAUGCAAACGAAGAAGACCAACAGUAUUCAACUUUAGCUGAUGGAUCAAAGCUCAAACAAUUAUUAAUCGAAUUUCCAUCUCAAAGACAGUUACAACAGAUGUCAACGAAGGAUAUUACCUCAGUAUCAUUCAAUUUGUUCGAAACAAUGUAUAAUGCUAACACAGAUAUGGCUUUAGAUGAUUUUUAUGCAACAAGAUUAUUAUUGACCGAAGAUACUCCACAAAUUGCGGCCGAUACUGCAAGGUGCUACUUAGAAUCAAUGAGACAAACAUGUCAGCAGUUCAAUUUAUCGCAACUUGUCCUUGAUUUCAUGGAAAGAAAGGUAAAUGUGAGUUUAUUCAACGUAUUUUUGUCAUUGUUCGGUUUCUUUAGAGCUCAGCCUUUCCAAGGUAACAUGAACUUGGAUCCUCAGACUGAUGUUCCUAGUGUUCCUUUAUCUUUGGCCUGGAAUUUGACAACAACCAUGUUCACUUCACCUCUUGGUGAAGCCACUGUAAAAGAGAUCAAUGAUGAAAUAAAAGCUGUUGCAGCUGAAGAAAGAGGAAAAGAACCUGUUAUUUCAAUAGUUUAUGUUUUCGAAACUGUAUUGAAGAAAUGCGCCGAAUUCUACUCCAAGAAAUGCACAGAUGCACAAAACAACUUCACAAGGGCAUAUUCCAGAUAUCAGAGAGCUAUUUUACAGAAAUUACCAGGUGCAGAUACAACAUUACCUAGAAUGGAUUGGAGAACGUUCAGAGAUUUCAUGAAACAAGUCAGACCGGAACUAACAAUCCAAGAACUUGAAGAAAUGUUCAUGGAAGGAACUAAAUUCUCUGAUUCAAUUGCAAGCGUUACUUCUGAUGCAUUUGAUACAUUAUGCGUAUCAAGGCAGGUAUAUGUUAAUAAGAUUAAAGUACCUGGAUCAGGUAAAAGACUUAGAUACGUUCCUCCUGACAUGUUAUCGAUAAUUGAAACUGCUUGGAGGUCUUCAUUAAGGACUUCUGUUAAAAAGGCAAUUACAGAGUUAGGAAAGAACGAACAGUCACAAGGAAUUGUUGCUUCUUUGCGUUUGAUCGAUCAAAAAUUAGAAGAUUCACUUAGAAACCAAGCUGCUGGACCUUUCUGCGUUCAAAUGCUCUAUGAAGCUGCAACAAUUAUAUCUAAUGAAGCUGUGAAUAUCGCAGCAUCUCUACCAAUGGAGAAAUGUUUGAGAAUUAUGGAGAAAGCUAUUAAUGUAUUGAAUUUAGAUGAUGGUAAAUAA